AUGACGAUCGAAGAGCAGCCCGAGCGGUUCAACAACACUCGUAAAGCCGACUUCAAAUCAAUCUACAACCAGUCCGAUCCCCGCGCUUACUUCGCGGCUUUGACGCCGCUCCAAUACCAAAUCCCGCAGCAGGCACUUCCCUUUGUCCUGGAUGUGUGCUCUUCGUACGGGAUCAACGCCGCCCUCCUCCGCCACGACAUCGAUAUGAACGCGUUGGCGGAACACUACGCCUCCACCCCGAAACUCUGCUCUCGGGAGCAGAUCGAGGCCGACGAGCGGUUCUUCGCGGGACGUAGAUUGCGGCGCGAGCAAGAUUCGAAAAACGAAGUGGAGGUAAUCGGCUUGGACGUCGCACCGGAAGCGAUAUCGUAUUCCCUAAAAACUGGCCUCCACGCAGCCGGCUUCACAGAGAACCUCGAAACCCACGACUCCUCACCGGACCUCCGCCAAGCACUCCACGAUGUGAAGCUUGUGGUGUGUACAGGCGGGGUAGGCUACGUCGGCGCCUCAACCUUCACCCGCAUCGCCGCCGCAGCGAGGGCAUCUUCGCCGUCGUCUCCCUCGCAGUUGUGGAUGGUGACGUUUGUGCUGCGCGUAUUCUCGUUUGUCGAGGUCGCGGAGAGGUUGAGGACGGAGUUUGGGCUUGUGACGGAGAAGGUUGAGGGGAGGGUUUUUCGGCAGAGGAGGUUUAGUUCGAGGGAGGAGCAGAUGGCUGCGGUUGAGGAUGUUAGGCGGAAGGGGCUUGAUGAGAGGGGGUUGGAGGGGGAAGGGUGGUUCUGGGCGGAGUGUUGGGUUACGAGGCCUGAGGGUUCGAGGGAGGAGGUUGGAGAGUUGAUUGAGGGUCUUUGA